UUUUCGGCUUGUCCCGUUAGGGGUCGCCACAGCGCGACAUCUCAGAUGAAUGUUUGUAUUUCUUUGGCACAGUUUUUAUGCCGGAUGCCCUUCCUGACGCGACCCCUCUUGAGAGAGUGGAGGCCCCAGUGGGAUACGAACUCACGACCGUCUAAUUUGUGCAUUUUUUUUCUAAUGGCCGCAAGGGAGGCACUCGAGCGGAAAAGGUAAGCGUGAGACAGGUGCAAUAUAUGUGCCAAGGAAGUGAGUUUUACCUGUUGGUUUUUUUUCUUUUUUGCUUUUUUUUUUUACCCGCCCUGUUAGCGCUGCACUAGCUUUAGCACUGUGCUAUCGUGUUACUGCUGUGUCUCUGAUUUUUACCAGUGUUUUUUUUUUUUUUGCCUAGCUUUUUAAUUCUUAAAAAUAAAUUUAUAAAAAUUUUAAUUAUGUUAAUGUCAUGUGGGAGGUUUAUAAAUUAAAUGCGUGGUGGUUGAGGAGAUGUUUAGCCUUAGAGGCUCCCCAGUUGCUAUAUUCAAUUGUAGCUCUCAGUAUUAUUUUUACCACGCCAGUGCAAAACUAACCCUCUCAAUACAGUACUGCAUUUAUCUCAAGGCAAGAUGUUUGCUUGUGCUCGGGGUGAAAUGAUAUUUUUGAAAUAUUCAUGACUGAGCAAUUGUUUGAGUGGAAUCCGGCGAGUUUGGUGCAGUUCUUGCACCACGUGAGUUCCACAUUUGGCAACAAGUGUGCGGUCACCGUGUGAUGGUGUCAUGCGCAUUUGCUGCCACCGCUGCUUUGCCAAAAAAAAAAAAAAAAAAAAGAGGCAGUCUCAGCUCUUUUGGCGAAAGACUUUGUGCUCCCUGCACGUCUUCUUGCAACCACUUUUGUCGUCGAUUUCAACCAUGGAGACUUCACAGGGUUUUUGCCACAAGUCUUCAUUCAGCAUCAGCAGCCUGUUGUGGAAGAACCGCGAGACAUCCAGCCAAGAACUUGUUGACAGUAACCCGGCGAGGCAGGCCACAGACGGCAAAGGCGACCUCAAAGCCGACAAACCCCCUUUCAGUUACAACGCCCUCAUCAUGAUGGCGAUCCGCCAAAGUCCGGAAAGGCGUCUGACCCUCAGCGGCAUCUACGAGUUCAUCAUGCACAACUUUCCCUUCUACAGACACAACAGACGCGGGUGGCAAAACUCGAUACGGCACAACUUGAGUCUGAACAAGUGUUUUGUCAAAGUGCCGCGCCGUUACGACGAUCCCGGGAAAGGCAGCUACUGGACGCUGGACUCCCGCAGCGAGGACGUCUUCAUCGGAAGCACCUCGGGAAAGCUGCGGCGCAGGACCGGAACCGGGAACUCGCUUGCAUCCAAAGGUGCUGAGCUCCGCGUCAUGUCAACGAGCUCUUUUUACUGGCCGGUACCGCAGUUGGUGCCGCUCCCGACACCGGUGCGCACGCAGCACUCGGGAGCGGAGCAUCGCUCUUCACGACGCGUGUGUCCGAGCCCAGGCGGUUCCGGCACGAGUAGCUUUGUGCAAACGCACCGCGAGAUGUCUUAUGUUGGACUCAGCUGCGCGCAAACCGCCUGGCGACGCCAAUAUGGCACCGACUCCUUCUCCGCGUCCAUCCCGACUUGCAGCACCUGCUCCCUGCAGGAUCGAUGCCCUCUCGGCAUGAUCUCGGGGCCAGCCGACUUCUUCCACACCGGCACAAUGCCGUGAUGUCACUCAGAGUGGACCGACAAGAUUUCCCACGGACAAGUUCGACCAAGGAGCAUGUCAGUCGAAUAUAGAUUAUGGACCCUGCAUGAUAUUUUAAAACUAAA